AUGUGUUACCUGAGCCAGGCGACGCUGGAGGCGUCGGCACUGGGCGGCAGCAAGUACCGUCUGGCGCGCGGCCUGGCCGUGCCCACCGUGUCGCGGGAGGCGGGCGCGCCACCGCGCGAUGCCCUGCUCCGCUACCACCGCCACCUGCGCGACAGCUUCCCGGCCGUGUUCGGCUCGGGGCGCGUCACCGUCGAGGCGGUGAACGAGCUGAGCCUGCUGCUGACGGUGGCCGGCAGCGAGCCCCACCUGACGCCCUACCUGCUGCUCUCGCACAUGGACGUAGUGCCGGCCGUCGAGGAGCACUGGAGCUGGCCGCCGUUCGCCGGCCUCGUCCAGGACGGCUACGUCAUGGGCCGCGGCGCCAUCGACGUCAAGCAGACGACGCACGCCAUCCUGGAGAGCCUGGAGCGGCGGCUGCUGGCCGGCGACCCGCCGCGUCGCUCCUUGCUCAUCGCCUUCGGCCACGACGAGGAGGUGUCGGGGCGACACGGCGCCGCGCGCGUCGCGGCGCUGCUGGAGUCGCGCGGCCAGCGCGUCGCCUUCGUCCUGGACGAGGGCUCGUUCAUUACGCGCGACGUGCGGGGCGUGCGCGCGCCCGUGGCGCACAUGGCCGUCACCGAGAAGGGCUACCUGGACGUCAAGAUGACGGCGCGCGGGCCGGCCGGCCACUCGAGCCUGCCGCCGCCGGGAGCAGAGACAGCCAUUGGGCGGCUGACGCGCGCCGUGGCGCGCCUGCUGCCGAGCCGGCACCCGGUGCGGCUAGCCGGCAGCCCCUCGCUGGAGCAGUUCCGUGCGCUGGCGUCGCUCGCCUCGCCUCUGUUCCGGCUCAUCUACGCCAACAUAGCGCUGCUCGCGCCCGUCUUGGUCUGGGGCCUGAGGAAAAAGCCGGCCUUCCUGCCGCUUUUUCAGACGACGACGGCGGUGACCAUCGUCAAGGGCGGCUACAAGGAAAACGUGGUGCCCGGGGAGGCGACGGCGGUCAUCAAUCACCGCAUCAUGCCGGGCGAGACGAAGGAAGACGUUCUGGAGCGCGACCGCCGCGCCAUCUCGGAUCCCAACGUUCAACUAGAGGUCCUGCACUACAAGGCACCGGCGCUGACGUCGCGGUUCGAUGAAGAGGCGCCCGUGCUCGGUCUGCUCGCUGCAACCGUCCAGCAAAUCCACGGUGAAGAUGUGGGAGCGGCACCCACCGUCCUGGUCGGCAGCACCGACUCCAUCUACUACCAGGGCAUCACAGACACCGUCAUACGGUUCGACCCCAUCGUUUUGUCCAGUAGUGAGGCGAAGAUGAUGUUCCAUGGAAAGGAUGAGAAGAUCUCCAUAGAGAACUACCACAACUGCAUCCAGUUUUAUUACAAGCUGAUGAAAAACCUGGAGUGCCCGGCAGUGAUCAGCAAGCUUCCCUGA